CAACCGAUAACUUCCGAACUAUUCUCCUGGCCGAAACCUGCUACCCCGUGGCAGCGUAUCCACAUCGACUACGCAGGGCCUUACCAGAGCCAAAAUUUUCUAGUCGUUGUGGAUGCCUAUUCGAAGUAUCCGGAAAUUAUAAGCAUGGAAAAGACUACGUCCCUCGCAACGAUCAGCGUGCUACAGAAACUCCUCAUUCGUCACGGACUGCCAGAAGUUCUCGUCAGUGAUAACGGUACGCAGUUCACCUCGUACGAAUUUAAAAGAUUCUGUGACCAACAUGGAAUUAAACACAUCUUUUCGCCGCCCUAUCAUCCUCAAUCCAACGGACAGGCGGAACGAUUCGUAGACACGCUGAAGCGAGCUCUCCUUAAAUUAAAAGGGGAGGGAAAUAUACAACGGGCUUUGGACAUAUUUCUGGAGACUUAUAGGGUAACUCCAAACUCGGCUCUACCGGACAGCAAAUCCCCAGCCGAACUCUUCUUCGGACGGAAGAUCCGAACAUCACUCGAUCUAUUAUUGCCGCCAAAAUAUCCAACAGAGCGCGAUAUCAAAAUGGAGAGGCAGUUUAACCGGAAACAGGGAGCCCGAGAGCGAAAAUUCACUACUAAAGAGCUCGUCUACGCACGACACCGACGCUCUCAAAAUUGGCAGCCGGGAACAAUUAAAUGCAAAACCGGAAACACCGUAUACGAGGUGGAAAUGGCCGACGGAUCAACUCGGCGAUUUCACUCCAAUCAGCUAUUACGGAGACAAUCUUCUCGACCUCAGCCCGAGGAUGACCCCCUCGCCGUCAUAGCAGAAGCCUUCUCCAUCCCUCUACGUCCCGCUCCGACUCCAGACUCAACACAUCCGGUUGAAAGACCAGCCCAGCAGGACGAUGAGUCCCCGCCGUUCGAGAGACCAUGCACCGUCGAAGAAACGCCGCCCGAGAGAUCAACACCACAGCCUCCACGUCGGUCAGCCCGUACUCGAGUUCCGAUGGGACGGCUUCAGAUAAUCCCUUAUCGAAAAAACUAUUACGCGGCAUAAACCGCCAAUUCGGACAGUUGUUUUUUUCUCUUUCUUAAAAGGGGAGGUGUUGGGUCAGGUGUUUACCACGUGUUGGAUCAGGUGUUUACCACAUGUGAACACCUA